AUGUCAUUUGCAGAUGUUUUAAAAAGAGGAGACGACUUCUUGUCGGAUUACCCUCGAACAAACCCGUUGUGGAACUACGCAUCGCACGCAACGUGCUUGUUUGUGAUCACGGGGUCCAAGAUUAUCCUCAACACGCUAUACAAACCUUUUGUCCACAACAUUGAGAAACUUGACGUUGCAUUGGCCAGAGCAAGAGCAGAGAAUCGAGGGUUCCUCACAGUCAUGAACCACAUGUCUGUGGUUGAUGACCCCGCAUUCUACGCAGCACUUCCUUGGAGGUAUCAUUUUGACAUUGACACCGUGCGAUGGGGGUUUGGCGCCCACAACAUUUGUUUCUCCGACGCGAUCAAGAGCUGGUUCUUUAAUUUGGGGAAAAUCUUGGGCACCAAGAGAUUUGGAUCGGGUCCAUUUCAAGGCUCGGUGGAUGCAGCAAUUCGGAUCUUGAGUCCCGAUGACACCUUGGAUUUGGAGUUUACCCCGGGAGUGAAAAAGGAAGAAGAGCCCAUCUUGCUUCAAACCGUCAACAACAAUUUCCACGAAAAGUCCCAUACUGAAAUGGUGAAAUUCAUCAAACCAACCCCAGAGACCACCAAUGUCCUCAUGUCCAAAAACCCAUUCAUCCGGUCAAAGACGUCGUGGUUCCACGUGUUCCCGGAAGGAUUUGUUUUGCAACUUCAAGAACCGCACAACAACUCCAUGCGCUAUUUCAAGUGGGGGGUGAGCAGGUUGAUCUUGGAAGCAACUAGAGCUCCUGUGAUUGUGCCUAUUUUCACUUAUGGAUUUGAAAAGAUUGCCCCCGAGGAUAGCGCAGAAGAGGGUAUCAAAAGAUGGCUUCCCGAUAACUUGGGUGCCGAGGUGCAUAUAACCAUUGGUGAUGAAGUCUCCGACUCAAAGAUUGAGCAGUACAGAAAGGAAUGGAGGAGAUUGGUGGAAAAGUAUAUCGACAAGUCCAACCCAUCGGACUUGUCGCAGGAACUCAUGUACGGGAACAAAGCACAAAGCCUACGCAGCUCACUUGCAGCAUACCUUCGAGACUGUGUCUUGGAGAUCAGGAAAUCGAUACCUUUAUUGAAACCCGAAGACCCUAGAUUCCGAGAUCCAAAGUUCUGGAAAACUUAUACAAACACAGAAGGAAUGAGCGAUGAAGAUGUCAAGUUUGUUGGCAAGAACUGGGCCAUUAAAAGGUUGCAAGCUCAUUUACCUGAAUUCAACCCGGAGGAAACCAGCAAAUAG